AUGGCACCUUUGUCCCUUGAGCAGGCGCAGGCGAUUGUGGACGACAUCCAGGUGACAAACGGCGGCUUGCCUCCCGAGGUUCAGAAAGCGCUGCCGCAAGAACUGUACGACACGGACACGCGGUUCCUCUUCGAACUUAUCCAGAACGCGGAAGAUAAUUGCUAUGGCCAUGCUGCUAGUCAAGCGGAGGAGCCAUUUCUCCAUCUCACUCUACAUAAAGAUUAUAUAACUGUGGACUCAAACGAGGACGGUUUUACUGAGAAUGACGUGCGGGCUAUAUGCAGCAUUCACCAGAGUUCAAAGAAACAAACUGGCGGCUAUAUCGGCCACAAAGGGAUUGGCUUCAAAUCUGUAUUCAAGGUUGCAUACAAAGUAUCUAUCCAGUCAGGGCCCUUUUCCUUCUUCUUUGAGCACCACCAGGGGGGUAGUGGGUUAGGCAUGAUCACUCCGUUCAACGAGGAGCCUCAGGAGCUACCCCCUGGUGUGAACACCCGAAUAACCCUCUUUCUUACAAACAUAAGCGACUUCGAGGCUUGUGCUUCAGAGCUGAGUGAGAUCCCGGACACGAUGCUGCUCUUUCUCCGUAAGCUGCAGAGGCUCACUAUUGAGAUCCCCCCCCUGCAGUCUCAGAUAUCUUUCAAGCGCCAUGAGGACAUGUCAAAGCACUUGAUCACACUUACCAAAGAGACGAAUGGAGAACAGUUGAAGAAAUCUUACCAUCUUGAAAAGACCACCCUUUCCAAUCUCCCACAGCAUCCCAGUCGCCCUGGGCAACCCGAGGUUGACCUAAUCCUGGCGUUCCCAGUGCAGGAAGACUGCAGCCCUCUCAUUCAGGCCCAGUAUGUGUAUUCCUUCCUCCCGAUGCAUGAUGAGGGGUUCAAUUUUCUCAUCCAAUCGGACUUUAUCACACAAGCCAGUCGACAAGGGAUCCAUCGUUGCGAUAGAAACUAUGCUAUCCGCGAGGGUAUUAGCCAUUUGUUUCUCCAAGCUGUCGCCUACUUCUGUAAGCAUACGUCGCUUAGAUAUGAAUGGCUACAGUAUCUUCCGGGGACGCACAUUCGCGACCCCUUCUGGGCUUGUCUUCGAGAGAUGAUCUUCGACCGCCUAAAGGGAUCCAAAAUUCUAUUUUCCCGCAGAGGUAUCUUGAAAUCCCCAACCCAGCUUGAACACCUGUCAUCACAGCACUGCGAUCGCCAUGGCCACCCUCUGUUGGACGAUAUCGAACCCGAGGUUUACCUGGCGCAGUCAUACAAUUGGAACAGACAUGCUGAGAAUUUGAUGGAACUUGGUGUGAGGAACCUGUCGUACCAAUCCAUCUUGGAUCGUUUGGAACCAUACCUUGAGGGCUCAGCGCCAAGGUUCCUAGAUUCGAGUUUGGAUGAUGAUUGGCAUACCAGAAUUGCAACUCUGCUUCUGCGCGCUCUAAAACGGCAGCCGGCAGGCUCUUCUCUGACUAAACGAAUAAGAGAAAUGGCCCUGAUACCCACUUCAGACGGGUCCCUGUUACCGGCUUGGUCUUCUGCAGUCUAUUUCCCAGAUGAUGAGAGAGGGAUUCCUAUCCCCGAGGGCCUAAAAGACAUACGAAUCGUUAAACGGAGCGUGCUAGAAGAUAAAGCAAGACGGGAACUGCUCGAAACAUUGGGAAUAGCCCGUUGUGAGGCACAAAAAGUAGUGAAGUCUAUUCUGAAGCUGUACGAUGUACGCCAUGGGGUCACGCUAGAGAAAUCAGUCGACCAUUUGAGGUAUCUCUUCAAGACCCUGGGAAAAGACGAAACGCUAGACAAUCGCAUCUUCAUCAUGGACAAGUCUGGAAAACAGGUAUACCGCGCAUUUGUCACUUUCGGUGCCAAAAUCAUCAAGGACGACUUAUACUUCGAGACCCUGGGAGAAUAUGGCACGAAACACCUCGCCCAGGAAUUGCAGUGUGGGGUCAACAAGCAGAGUUGUCCUCCUUUUGAAAUGCGUAUUAUCCACCACGCAUAUAUUGAGGCUGUACCACCUGGGACGGUCAGUAACGGGCGCACCUGGGAGCAGUGGCUGGAAGAAGUGGCAUCGGUUCGCCGCAUCCCAAGGCUGAAAAGUCCCCGGACAGAUGGAUUAUCCACGCUGUGUGCGCACAUGUUGGAAUAUCGACCCAUGACUCUGAUAGGACUAUUGAAAACAUACUGGAGCAGCCUCCAAUCAGAUCUCACGCCGCGCGUGAUCAGCGCCUUGAAAGAUAUGCAAGUUCCUUGCCGGAAUCAAUUCCAAACCUAUCUAGAUUGCACUUAUUAUCCAUCUAAGGAGAUGCAGCGGUUAUGUUCCGACGCAACUCUCCAGGAGAUUUUCGAUAGAUUCAUAGACAUUCCUGCUAACAUAGCAACUGAUGGUACCGAUGGAUGGGAGUUCUUAACCACAUUUGGGGUUAAACUAGAGGCAGAUAUCAACUUUUUUGGGGAAAUUUUCUGCGGCCUAGAGAGAAAAGCCAAUCACACCAUCCAGACACAGGCCGUCUUCUUCAGGAUGUAUAAGGAGCUCUUCAUUCGGUUUUCCGAUGGUCCCAUCGGAUUGCAGGAGAUUUUCACAACUUGGAAAAGUGUCUGCAUCCCCUCAUGUUCAGGGGAGAUACUAGAGUUAGCAUUCCUCAGAGAUUGUGUCUGGAACGGACACCCCUCUCUUCGGACGAAGCACCCUCUUGCUACUCACCCGGAAUACUCCAACGAUCCACAUGUGGCAUGUUUGUUUAAGGAUAUACUCUCUGUUCGUGAUGCGGACGUCAGCACGUACCUCGACGAGCUUCAGUGGCGCAAAGACAACGCGGAUGUUGCUCCGGACGACCUGAAGACGAUUUACAACUGUAUCUCGCAGAAUAUACAGAACCCUGAUGAUGGCGCUAUGAUACUGAGCAAAUUCAUGGAACAGAAACUGGUCUAUCUUCCGACAGAAGGAUCUUGGGUUGCGCCUGAAUCCUGUGUAUGGACAGACGCUCCAAGAAUUGGAGUACAGUAUGGCAUCAGCGCUGUGUACCGGGAGCUGGAGAGCUUCUUCCGCGGUUCUCUGAAUGUGCAAACUCCGACAGCAGCGACUUACUUGGAGCAACUCAGGAGAUUAGCAUCUAAUGAGGCUGUGGAUAUUGGUGCGGUCAAAACUGCCAUCUAUAACCUCAAUGCUUUGCGACCAGGGUCAGAUGAGCUCAGAGGUCUUUCACAUCUUAGAUUUUUGCCAGCAGCAAUGCCCGAUGGCACUGUGGAGAUAUUAAAACCCACCGAUACAUUUUUCAUUGCAGACCGGGUUGAAUAUCUUUCCGCUUUUCGGGGCAAAGUUCCCAUUCUGGACUUCUCUCUAGAAGAAGUCUGGCGCUUGCACCACCUCCUGGGGUGUAUCGAUCUGCAGAACCGAUACAUGUCAACGGCAGUCCUGGAGCAGACUGAUGUCGAUCAGCCAUCCCACGAGCACUGCUCCAGGGAAACACGGCUGUUCCGCAAAAGGGCGACACACAUUUACCGUUGCAUCUUACAUUACAGUGAGGACGGCCAAGAAAGUGUUGGCCAGAGGCUCCGACAACUGCAAAACAUACUUGUUUAUGAAAGCGCUGGUUUUAACAAAACACUUGUACUUCAAUUAAACGAAGUGACGGCGAGAGUACAGAGUGAUACGGGGUCGGUGCAUAUCGCGGACGUUAAUGAUGUGUUACACAUUUACAUCCCUAGGGACCAGAAUGACCGUCGACGCUGCUACAGCCACGACCUUCCCCAGGCUCUGGGACGUUAUUUUGGACUUCAGAGGGACUCUGCAGUACCAUUGAUUUUCACAGUGGUUUUUCUCACUCCGGAGGACUUCAUCGAUGAAUGUCUAGACGGCCAUGGAAUCGUUCGGAUUCCUCCUGACAUCGCUCUACUACCAGAAUCUGAAGUUAUAGACACGACAAUCUCACCCGGUCGUAUUGAAGAAGACGACGUUUUCUCUGCGUCAGACGAGGCUCAGGAGAGUAGGGAUGGUAUGUACACACCUCGAGAUUCAUCACGCUCAAGCCCUGGAGCCGCCUUAGACCUACCGAGGACAAUAAUCGCCCACAACAGGACUUCAGCUCCACCCCCAAGGCUUUCCACUGUGCCAUCUCCUGACUGGUCAUCCCCGGACGGAGUGCCCAGGUCUUUCUCCGAGCAUCAUCCGUACACUCAGCUUCUCGAUAAAAUCAUCGGACUGGCUCGUCCGCUCACACUUUCUGAAGUUUUGCAACGCCCAAUGAGCACAGUGCAGAGUAGUGCAAAUACUUCACAUGAAUCGGCUUUUGGAGUUCGAUCUGAGAAUCAACUUGCCCACGAUAUCAAGAUCGGCGCUGCAGGAGAGUUAUUUGUUUUUGAGCUCCUGUCGUCAUCAAACCUUCCAGGGUUUAGCCGUGACAACUGGCGGAGCACCAUUCGCAAGCAUAUCUCCGUCCAUCCCGACUACCAUGAUCUUGCACCCUGGUAUGGUUUCGAGACUGCAGACGUAGUUUACCGCGACACCAGCUCAACGUUAACCACCACUCUGAUUGACGCUGGAUAUUUGCCUCACGCACGGUGGCAUGGUUCAAAUCCAACGUACUAUAUAGAAGUGAAGACGACGAGAGGGGAGUGCGACAGUGCUUUCUUCAUGAGCAAGAGCCAGUACAGACGAAUGCAGACAAUGUGGACCGAUCGUAAUGUCGAACUGGAAGAGCCAGAGAUCUACGUCGUUUUCAGAGUCUACUACUUGGGUUAUGAGAGCAUGGGGUUGAAAGUUUAUGUUGAUCCGGAAAGGCUACGACAAGAGCAGAGUUUAAUUUUCUCGCCGGAGUCAUACAGUGUUUAUCCCAGUCUGGUCGCAUAG